GAGGGAGAGGGGUGGAAACUUGGCUAGGUAGGUGUUGGAAUGGCGUUAGGGUUUGGACAAUGUUUCGGAUGAUGGCAAGUCCUUCACGAGAUCUACUGAAACAGUAGCCAUAAGAACAGGACAAGACUCCCAAAAAAACCUAAAGAAAGAAAAAGAUAAGAGGGAGCUGAAGUUUCUUACGAGCGAAAGGAGAUCAAACAGGAGAAGGGAGAGAAAGCUAGUUUGACCGGAAGGAAUGGAUCGUAGAAGGCGAUAGGCGGUGCUUCUCUCUAUCUUUCUCUCUCGAUUGGUCUCUCUCCACCCUUGCUCUCCUUGCGAGUUGCUGUUUUAGAGAGGAGAGCUGGCGAACCGGUGGUGGGCCGGGAGCGUGGCGAUGGGCGGGGUCGACCCCGUCGUGGCCACCUCCCCCUCGACCCCUUCCUUCCAUCUCCGCAACGCCAACGCCCACCUCAGCCCCCACCGCCUUGACCUAGCCGACAACCCCGCCACCCCGAACAGUAGCGGCAGCAAGAACAACAACCACGCCAACGACGACGACGCCAUCGGGGACGACCACUCCGGCGGCGGCGGCGGCGGGGGCAGCGGGGGCCUUGACGUCCUCGAAGCCGGAUCAGGAGGUAGCGGCAGCUCCGGGCGCCGCCCUCGGGGCCGCCCGCGCGGCUCGAAGAACAAGCCAAAGCCACCCGUCAUCAUCACGAGGGAAAGCCCCAACGCGCUCCGCUCCCACGUCCUCGAGAUCGCGAGCGGCACCGACAUCAUGGAUGCCGUGACCGUCUUCGCCCGCCGCCGUCAGCGCGGCCUCUCGAUCCUGAGCGGCACCGGUGUCGUCACCAACGUCACGCUCCGGCAGCCCGCAGCGCCCCCGGGCACCGUCGUCAGUCUCCAUGGCCGGUUCGAGAUCCUUUCCCUUUCCGGCGCAUUCCUUCCGGCGCCGUCGCCCCCGGGCGCCACGGGGCUGACCGUGUACCUCGCCGGCGGGCAAGGGCAGGUGGUGGGUGGGAGUGUGGUCGGGGAAUUGGUGGCCUCAGGCCCGGUGAUGAUAAUAGCCGCCACCUUCACGAACGCCACCUACGAACGGUUGCCUCUCGGCGAGGAAGAGCUCGACACGGUUGCAGCGCCACCGGGAUCGGAGGGAAUGCCGUCACAACAGAGCCCGGGAGGGAGUGGGGCAGAUGGCGUUGGUGGUUCUUCGUCGCAGCAGCCGCAUGCUAGAUUGGCAGCCGAGCCGCCGCUCCUCAACCUGCCGCCGAACCUGCUCCCUAAUGGUCAGAUGCCGCACGAGGUGUUCGGUGCAUGGGCUUCAACCGGUUCGCGUGCUCCACCAUCCUACUGAUGAGUACCAAAGCUUCCUCUUUCGCAUGCUCAAUAUUUAGUAGGAAGAGAACCAAUUGUCAUGCUGCUUGUUCCUGCUACAAAUCAUCAUCAUGUCUUUCCAUCUAAAUCUUACUAUGGCAUCGAUACUACGCAUCGUUUUGUAAACUUAGACAUGUAUUAUUGUUGUUAGCUGCAGUUUCUGAUAGUUGUGCUGUUUGUUCUUUC